AGAUCACAUUUUAAAUUCUCCUGUCCAUCCCUUAAGUACAACAGUCAGUCCAACGAUGUCGAACUGUUCAGAGUCGCGAGUCUUGGAGUUUUACCGCGAAUCAACGGUGCUGCUUGCCGGUGGAACGGGAUUUUUGGGAAAGACGCUGUUGGAGAAACUACUGCGAUGUCUGGAGGUCAGCAAGAUCUACCUGUUGAUCCGCACCAAGAAAGGAUGCUGUGGCGAGGAGCGUUUGAAGACGAUUCUGGAGGAUCGACUGUUUGAUCGCGUUCGUAGGCCGGAACUGAUUGCCAAGAUCAUCCCCGUUGAUGUGGAUUAUGAGCAGGAGGAUUUCGGGCUGACGUCGGGAUUGAAAUCUCAAAUCCAGAAGGAAGUGCAAGUGGUAUUGUACUGUAUCGCGACGGUUAGGUUGAUGGCUCCGUUGAGGGAAAUCGUUGAGACGAAUGUGUUCCUCGCGCGGAGAAUGCUUCAAUGGUUCCGAACUUUUCCGCGUUUGAAAACAUGUGUGUACACAUCGACGUUCUUCUGCAACUUUGAUAAAGAGAUAUGUGAGGAAAAGGUGUACCGGGAUCUACCAUUUGGACGUUACGAGGUAGUCAUGAACAUGCUUGAGCAUUUGUCGCUUGAGGAGUGUGAACAGUUGAAAAGCACAAUCUUGCAGAAGUUUCCAAAUGUGUACGUCUUUAGCAAAAGACUGGCCGAGAUCAUGAUCGAGACGGAGUUUGGACAAACGUUGCCCGUUGCGAUCUACCGACCGCCUGUUAUAACACCAACGUAUCGUGAACCGCUGACUGGUUGGACGGACAAUACUUUUGGAACGGUUGCUUACAUCAAAAGCUGUUGGGAUGGCUUGGGCAUGGUGAAAUAUUUUGAUAAGCGUGCAAAAUGUGACUUUGCUCCGGUUGACUAUUGCGCGAAUGCUGUUCUGGUUACCGGAUUUGAUGCAGUUGAGAAGAGACUGGGUGGAAGUGAUCGUUGCAUUCCGGUGUACAAUCAUCACAGCAAUAAGGCCAACAACACUUACGGAGAACUUACCAGUUGGCUCGGAGAUUCGCGGACAGGGGUUUGGGAGAGAUUCGUGUGGAAGUACUGCUGGUUCUCAACUUCUCACAUUUGGUUGAUGUACGUAACCGUUAUAUUAGCUGGAAUUAAAGACAAGAUUGCUGUUUGGAGGGCUGGUAACAAACCGAUAAAGAAGUUCUACUAUCGAUGGUCGGCUUACUGGUUCAUGGGUUACAGUCAGAUGACCGGCUGUGUAGCUUUUCGUUCUUGGAAAAGUGUAUCACACAACCUUAAACGAGCUCAGCGUUACCUCAGCGAACGCGACCGGCAAAUGUUCUAUUUCGAUCUGGAUGAAAUCAACUUUCAAGAAUAUAUUACGUGUCACGUUGAUGGAGUCAUUCAAUAUCUUGCAGCCAAGAAACAGAAUAUCUCUACGAAUUGA